AUGCUCUCAGUUCAAGGUCCUGAUAAUAGUUCAGAAGAACUGGCUAUUGCAUUGGCCAUAAUCAAGCACAGGAAUCCGAGGCUUUGGGAAAAAGCAGCGUUCCAAAAUUUGCUAAACCAGAGCAUUAUAUUCCCCUCCCAGAACACUGCAAAAUUGGAAAGUAUCAAGUAUUUAGCCGCUAAACAGUCAACUCGGAGAGAAGUAAAGUUAGCACUCGUGGACCGGUUUCUUUAUAGAUAUGUCAUGGGUGGCAGCAUUUGCAGGCACUUGGAGCCCGCUUGCAACUUUUUAAACGGCCAUCGUUUGGCAAUCGGAGAUUUGGUGACACAUUUGGAUAUAGUCAAAUCAUUGGGCUGUGACGUCGAGGAAUUCGAGAUCGCCAAACAACUGUUACCGAAUUACAAGUGGCUGAAAUGGCUUUUUUCUGUUUGUCUUGAUGACCGUAACAGACAGCACACCGCUACACACGUUGUGCGAUCGUUUCAGCUUGUUCUGGCAUCUUACUACGCCUUUUUCGCCAAUUCCACGAAAGCCAUUUUUGACCUGUGCCAGUCACUGCUACUCGGCUUUAUCAAAAACGAAGUGCUCGGUUUUGGAGCUUCCAAGAUACGGAUUUUCAAACUGUUGCGUGAUUAUACUGCGUCGCGGUCAAUAGAGCUUUGCGACGUUUCUUUGCAGCACCUAUCCCACGAACACUCUAAAAUGUUGGCCCUGACACUGAACUUUAUGAUACGAGAGGAAAAGACUGAAGCUGUCGUUGAAAUAGCAAGGUUCAUCUUAAAGCUGAUGGAAAGUCUAUUAGUGUGUUUAAUCAAACUUAAGCGUUCGGAUUUUCACAACAACGAGACUGGGAGAGCUUUUGAAGACAUUUAUAGGGCACGGUCGGCUAAGAUGACUUACAAAUAUGUGCCAGAUUUCUUGGAGGCUGCGCAUCCGCUUGGGACCAGUGAAAGUUUGAAAAGGCUCAAAAUCUGCACUGAAUUUCUGUUACUGCUGAUCUCUUCCUUGCGGUGGGUCGCUGAUACAAAAGUAGGCCUUGAGCUUGUCGGGCUCUUCCAAGAUUACCGUCCGUACCUGCUUGGUGAGAUAUUAGUUCUGGAUGACCUCGAUCUGAUCACUCGAUUCCUACAACUUGGUCGGCGUUUUGAACCUGCGGAUUAG